GCCCUGACUCCCUCCUCUGCUUCUAGUAUUCUUCUUCUGUUAUCUUUCAUUGACUCUAUCUCCUCUGUUCUUGCUCUGUUUUCUUGUGUGCUAUUUCUAUCGUUCUAUUUUCUUGACCAUGCCUUCGAUGUCGAUGCUGUCAUCCUCGUCGUCUUCAUUGUGCCAAGGGAUCCAGUCUUGCCUGGAACCACAGCAGCCUCACCCUUCGAAGAUCCAUAAAUGGGUCCGGCCAUCUUCUACCCACCAAGAACCUGUUGAAAUUGAGAAAGGAAAAGAGAAGGAGAUGGAUGGUGGUAGUGAGGGUGGGUGGAGUUCCAUCUUCUCUCUUUCCAGUCCCUCAAAAACUCUUCUCGAGCCCAAAUCUUCUUCUCCACCUCCAGCAACCAUUUAUACGAAGCGAUCGAUAUUGGGGAAGAAGAAUUUGGCAAUGUGUACGGAGACUUUAGGCUGCGAGACCGGUGCGGUGUAUGCUGCUGACGACUUUGACGCUGAGAACCGUUGUUCUGAACGUGCGACAGGAGGAUUGGUGGGGAAGAGGAGUAGGAGGGGAAGCAUGGGGGCUGGGUUUCCUCCGCCACUGACCACGCUGUCGGGGGAAUCCCGCCUUCGUGUUCUGAGCAAGAGGGAGAAUGGCAGGCUGCUGCUGCUGCCUGUCAAGCCAUCCGUCAUAGAAGCCGAGAGGACCGAUGGCCGGCUUCUUCUUCGUUUGUACUCCAACAAGCCUUUCCACUCCACUGACACGAAAGAAGAAGAGUUGGAGAAAGAGGAAGUAAAGGAGGAAGAAGAGAAGGAAGAAGUAGUGAAAGAAGAAAGUGAUGAAGAGAUGGAGGAAGAGGAGGGGGGUUACUUGGGUGUGGUUGGUAUGGAGAUGAAUGAGAUGAGCUAUAAUGGUAUCAAUGGAGAGGAGGAGGUGGGGAUUGGGAAAUAUAGAAGGCCUGGUGGGUGCAAAGAAGAAGAGGGUGGGGGCCACAGGAGGGGGACGAGCCGGGGAAAGCUUUUGCUCAACUGGGAGGCAGAGGCUUUCUGGGUCGCCAGCUCCUGAAAGUUUCCAGCUUCUUACAGUGCUUUCAGGACAAGCGUUGCUAUCUUUUAUCUAAUGCUAUCAAGUCUUCUUAUUCUGUUUUUUUUUUUUUUUUGGCCAUCCCUCUCUCUGUUUUUUUGCCUUGUGUGUUUGCCAUAUGGCAAGCUAGGUUUUUGAUGGGCUCUGAGAGAUUUAAUUAGAAGGGAGAGGUUAGGGACUUACGGGCAUUAGGAGCUCCAUACGUCUCAAUAGUUUUACUGUUUUUUUCCCUCUUCUUUUUAUUUUAAUUUCUAAGAUGGCAGCUACUGUAUUAUCCUGCUUAAUAUGGUUUUGAUGGA